UAUAUUGAAAUGCAAAAUAUCACACGUGUCUCAGAAUUCCAUCUCAUGGGAUUCUCAGAGGAUCCAGAACUGCAGCCCUUCCUCUUUGUGCUGUUUCUGUCCAUGUACCUGAUCACAGUGAUCGGGAACCUGCUCAUCAUCUUGGUCAUCAUCUCAGACUCCCACCUGCAUACCCCCAUGUAUUUUUUCCUCUGCAACCUGUCCUUGGCUGAUGUGGGUUUCACAUCCACCACGGUUCCCAAGGUGACUGUGGACAUCCACACUCACAGCACAAUCAUCUCCUAUGUGGGCUGCCUGACGCAGAUGUCUCUCUUUCUCAUCUGUGGAUGCAUGGAUGAUUUGAUUCUGACUGUGAUGGCCUAUGACCGUUUUGUCGCCAUCUGUCACCCCCUGCAUUACCAGGCCAUCAUGAAUCCCAGCCACUGUGGCUUCUUAGUUUUGGCAUCCUUUAUGGCCAGUCUUUUGGAUUCCCUGCUGCACAGUUUGAUGGUCUUGCAAGUUACCUGCUUCAUGGAUGUUGAAAUUUCUAAUUUCUUCUGUGACCCUUUUCAACUUCUCAGUCUUGCCUGCUCUGACUCCUUCACCAAUGACAUAGUCAGGUAUCUUGUUGGCAUCAUAUAUGGAUUUUUCCCUAUCUCAGGGAUCCUCUUCUCUUACUAUAAAAUCAUUUCUUCCAUUCUGAGAGUCUCAUCACCAGGUGGGAGGUACAGAGCCUUCUCCACCUGUGGCUCUCACCUGUCAGUCAUUUGCUUAUUUUAUGGAACAGGCCUUGGAGUCUAUCUCAGUUCAACUUUUUCAGUGUCUCCUGGAAAGGGUGCCUUGGCCUCAGUGGUGUACACUGUGGUCACCCCCAUGCUCAAUCCCUUUAUCUACAGCCUGAGGAACAGAGACAUGAAGAGGGCCAUGUGGAGGUUCCUCAGGAAAACAGGCUCAUCUCAGUCCCUGAGCCAUACAUCUGGACUCUUGGUGGGAACUGCAGCAAAAUGAAGCUCUCAACCUAUAAAUCUCACUUUUCUCUGUACAUGAUGUGUGAGGCUGCUGCUCUCCAGAUUUUGUGUCUGGUUAUUAUUUCUUUUGGUCCUUUUAAUGAGGCAUAUUGUAGAUUUUUUUAUACAUUACGAGAGGCUUGGAGAGAUGAAGAGAUAAAAGGCUUUUGGAUAAAAAGAUGAGAAUCUGGGAGUGGAUCAAUAAUUGUGACAAAGUUAUUAAUGAGCUUUAAUACAGGAAAUGAUGAGGUGAGGGGUGUAGGAGAAUUCUUCGUAUGACUACCUCACAAGUUAUGUUGUAUAAAUUUAAACCUAUUCUGAAAUAAAAUGUUAAAAAAUA